AUGAAGAAUAAAGUGUUUCCUGAAUUCGUGGACUUGAGUUAUGGUCAUCAUGCUGUUCCUCACAGCUCUAUACGGAACCACGUCGCCAAGGGAGAGACGCAAAUGAGUAAUACACUGAACUGUUUCACAAUCAUAAAGAAAGAAUUCGAUGACUCGGAGUCAUCGUCGGAUAAGGAAAACGGCCCUGAUAUUGCACACUGUGGUGACGUGGUGCUGGAACGUAACGGGCAGAAUGAUGAAUAUUUUAAAGAGAGUAAACAUGACAAGCGUCUAGACAGCGGCGCAAGAACUAUACUGAUCUAUUCUUUUAAAAAUAGAAACAUAUUGAAUCUAAGUGAUACUCAAACAGUCGAUAGAUCCAGCGAAGAAAAUUCUUCAGAAUCACCAGUUGAAAGUCGAGAAAGCGAGCAUUUAUACGACAAAACGGAUUACAAAGAUAGAGUUGCUUCUCCAACCCCCGCUCUGUACAUACCCCGUUUAAAUUUCUAUACAGCGGCCACCUUACCGACAGUGACUGAGGUAACAGAACCCUAUCAGUUGUCAUUGGAUAAUUUCGAGAUAAUCACAAACAAUACACCCAAUCCGCUUACGCCGAAUAACGUUUGGAUAAAGAGAAACAGCAAUGAAUUACACGGCGAAGAAAUAAAAUAUAAAGAAACUAACACGAUCAACAGUUCAAUGGCCCCACUAAUACCUUCCAAUGAUAUUAUGAACUGGAUGGCUUUGUCACCGAGGGAGAGAAAGAGACACUUUAUAAUUCCCAAUUCAGGCGAAAAGAGUCGUGACGUUGAAGAAUAUUUAAAAAAUGGCGUACACGUAGCAAAACAUGAGACAGACAUAAAUGAUACUAUAGAUGAUGCAGGUGAAGCCGAUCUAACAACGACCGCUAGCAGGCCCCCGAAUAAUAAAGGCGAUGAAAAAUUAUUAGAACAGAAAAAUAGUACAUACGUCAUAGACGAAACGGGCGAUCACAAAACAAUCAGACGAUUAAAAAAACCGCAUAUAAAUUUGGAGAAAAUCGUUGCUAGUAGCAUAAUCACCGAUCCUAUUGAGAAACUAAAUGAACUCGAACUAAAGGCUCCGCCACACUUGCGCGGUGUGGCCACACUUGAAGGCGGUGACGUCAAGAACGCGGCAUCCGCUCACGAGAAUGUUGGGAUUACGCUCACGACAGUCGAACUAAAGGCGCCGCCACACUUGGGAGAUGGAGAGGCCCGCUGUUGCACUGAC